AAUUAUUACUACAAUCAUCAUGACUAGUAUUACUGCUUUCACGUUUCUGGUUUUCUUCGCAAAUGUUCUUCUCGUACCAGCAACGGUUCUCUCCUUUAUACAAGAUGCCACCCAAAAUGUGCUGUUGGACGCGAAGGUUGAUGUUGAUAUCAAAGUUCCAGUAACUUUGGGAGUAAUGAGCAGAUGUCCCGAUGCGCUGCUUUGUGAAAACUCCAUGGAUGCCGUGCUGAAGAAGGUCGGUGAGAAAAUCGACUUGAAAUUGGUAUACAUCGCCAAGAUUAAUUCGUCGGAACCCGACUUUGGUGCCACCUGCAUGCAUGGACCCGAAGAAUGUGCGGGAAAUGUUCAACAAUUAUGUGCUGCAAAAUACUCUCCGUUCGCAAAUUGGUGGGAGUUUGUACAUUGCAAUAACUACGAAGGUCGAAACAAGAUUGGCUUACCGGAAACGGCUAGGAAAUGCGCUCAGACUGCACAGAUAGAUUGGGAGACAAGCGGUGUUGGCGAAUGCGCAGGGUUAGAUGCAAGUGGUAAGGGCGCGGAAGGAGUGAGACUAUUUCACAAGAGUGUCGCGCUCGGAAAGGCGAUGGGACUAGAGAAGAGUUGCACGAUUUACAUCAAUGGGGAGAAAGUCUGUGUUCAUGAUGAGACGUGGAAGGAGUGUGAGAACGGUCAUACCGUUUCUGACUUCACCCGACAAAUCAACGAAGCGUACGAUAAAUUGAACGCCUAGGUUGUAGCCUAGGGAUAACUAGGAUGUCUUGGCCCUGAUCUUCCAUAGGCACACACCACAUCCGGAGUAUCAGAGGCUCUACUAUAGUCGCGUAUCUUGUCCGUUUGGCUUAUGCUACACAUGCCUUAUUUGCAGUCUACUAUCUAUAUGAAGUCUCAUGAAAUACUAUUCUUGAACUGUGA